AUGAAAAAGAUAGUAGCAUCAUUUAUUUUAUUCUUUUUCAUUGUAAACACAGUCGUGGUCAAUGCAACAUUUAAUUUAGAGGGUGUGGCAUAUGUUGACUCACUUUUCAACGGUCAGUUUGAUGGUCAAGCACCGAUACUAGAGAAUACUCUUAUAGACUAUGGAGAAAAGGUGUCUAUCUAUAUCGAGUUGGUAACUGACGCAUCGGUAAACUUUGAACAGAGAACCAAUAGCUCUAGCGCAUUCAACUUUGAACAAAUCGACGAUGGAUGCUACACGUUGACUGUCAUCCCACCAGCCGACGAUUUACGUUGGGAGUUUCUACCUGUCUUUAGUCAUUACACUGUUUGUGGUAGUGGUAGUGGUGGUAGCAGCAAUAUUGAACCUGCAUCUAGAUCAACUACAUCUUCAUCUCCUUCAUCUUCAUCAUCCUCCUCAUCGGACAAUACUUUAUCAUCAUCACAAUCUUCACAAGACGGGUCAGUAGAAUCUACUGUAUCUGAUACUAUCGUAUCUGAAACUACCGAUACUACUACUACUCUGACUCCUACUACACAGUCAGUAGCAGAAACAACGGCAGUUGGAACAUCAACCAUUACAACUAUACGACAAGAUGUUGGAUUCUCAAUCAACAGUUUUAUGGGAUGUGUUGGUAACAUUACAAAUGACAAGACUGGACAAUCAAUGAACUUGCAAUUUGGAACUUAUAAUCUAAGAUAUUAUGGUUGGUGUGUCAAUACAAAUAAUAAUACAAAUAAUAAUAAUAAUAAUGCAAAUUGUAUCAACUCUACAAAGAUUGUAUUCCCAGAAGACUGUCAAUUGGUAGCUCAAUCAAUGUAUCAAGUGACUGUUCAGUAUAGGGGACAGAUUAAAGUAUCAUUUAAUCGUAACAUGGCAUUUAGUGUAACUGGGUCUGACCCAAAUACCACACCCAUUGCAAAUAUCAAUGUUACACUAUCGUAUAUUUACAAUGGUGUUAUUACACAUUCAACCAUGACAACAACCACACUUGACAACCCAACAUUCAGCGUUCCACUAGUCGAAGUAUCAGUAGCUGUCACAACAGACAACAUCACUCAAAUAGUACUGUUAAAUAAUAUUACCAACACACCAACAAUCGGUCAACCCAACUUUGACAUUGUAUUCUCACUCUAUGAAUUACCACCAAUCAAAGACAGACAUUAUAUCCCAGUCACACUCUUUUCACAAAGUAAUCGUAUGGGACUCUCCAUCACACUGCCACCAGGUAUCUACAACAAAGCAUUCCUAGCUUCACUUGGGUUCUCUAAUCUAUCUGUAUUGUCGUUUAGUUCAACCUACAAAUACCGUGUAUUCCUAUCAGUCUCUACUUCACCUUCAUCAACCAUUAGUGAUAUUCCAUUGAAUGGUUAUUUUGUUGAAUCUUAUAAUACUGGUACAAUCGUUCAAAUUCAAAUUACUGGCAAUUAUGAAUUUUCCAAUAAUCCAUUACCAAUAUUUGGAGGAUAUGUUAAAGUAUUAAAUGUUUAUCAUCCAAUUUUCAAACCAAGUUAUUUCUUGGCAGAGACACCAUUUGUUAAAACUGAAACCUAUCUUGCAUUGAAUUGUACCGAUGCUCCCUAUAUGGGUUACCAUAAUUGUACUGUCCCAUCUCGUGUAGGUCCAAGAUACAUUAAAACUCAAUUAAAUAAUGAGAAAUUCCUAUCAUAUGCUGAAUUGGUUUAUUAUCCAGAUUAUUAUUCAGCAAGAUCAAUGGAUUCAAGAAUAUUUAAACCACAAACAAGUGGAAGAUUGAAUUUAUCAGCAAUAGUUGAUUUAAGUUAUAGUUGGAAAAGUUCAUUUACUCCGGGAUUGGAAGGAACUACUAGAAUCAAUACUUAUAAUGGUGGAUUUAACAUUACAGUUGCUGGAAAGACUAUUGCUGUCUAUAAUUAUACCAAUUUGGAUGCUAUCAACUUUUUGGCAUUUGAAACUGAUGGUAGACUCAGUUAUUACAAUGGAUCUGUAAGGUUGGCUGUCAUCUCUGGAAAGAUUGAAGUCGGUGUUGUAGACUCUCUUCUUAUGAAUCGCGAAGGUAUCACUAUCAUGGCAUUCAAUGAAGCCACUUGGGGUAUAUAUGCAUUCCCCGAUCAGUACUGGAGAUACAAGCGUAUCCAUCCAGCUGCAUUUAUUAUGUCUAGUCGGUACUUGGAUGCAUUGGACGACAAGAGAAAUAACGAGCGCGGUCGUUUGGUAUGGGCAAUCAACAGUACUGAAAAGACCGACUAUAACAACGUGCCGAUGGAUUACGGGUCAUACCUCUUCCGCACCGACUCUAUCCUAUCGACAGAUACCCGCAACUUUAUAACCAAUGGUAAACAGUAUGUUGAGGUGCGUGCAGACGGCAACCUCAUUAUUUACGAGAACAAUAUCUAUGUCGACCAUGAAGUGUUGGCGUUGACGGAAAUUGAGGUGUCGGAAGACGCACCCUACGCAUUGAACGUGCAUGAUAAUGGUGUGUCGCUCACAUCUGCGUCGUAUCCUGACGAACCUUACUUUAACAUUCCCGCAGUCCCCGGCUCUGCACCCAUCCAGGCGUUCUACAUGUACCCGCAAGCAGGCGAUGCCAACAACCCAUACUAUGCCAACCGAUUAUCAUGGGGUGUUUUAAUGGUCGACGCCAACGGCAAGGUGUCGGGAGGACUCCUCGGUGCACAAGAUAACCGUCCCAACUACACCAACACAGUCACUACCUCAUCUACAAUCGACCGACUCUCCCUAUCACCCACAACCAACCUCACCAACCAAUUCCUCAAUCUCCGAUGGAAUAACCAAACGGGAGUCAUUGACGUUGUCCAAGUUGACAUUAACCAAGUUGUAUGGUCGUCCCCCGAGCCACCCGUAGACACUCCCACCUCUCUAUCCGGUGAAUUCCACGCAGGCUUUAUCUGUAUCGAUCCUACCGACCCCCUCCAAAUCCUCCAAUUUUGUGUUGCCACCUGCACCCAACUUUCUGCAAGCGAUGCAUGUCAAGCGUACAGUCCUGUCUGGCAGCCACUGCAAAGCGGCAGCACAACCACCCCGCCCGAACAACAACAAUGGUUUGGUCUAGUCAUUGGUUUCCCCGAGCUUGUUCUAGUCAACACGCAAGGUCGUAUGACUUGGUCUGCAAGAAUUGCAAAUAUCAUUCUACGUGACUAUUAA